CCCACCCCUCCCCUUCCCCUGCUCCUCGACCACCUCAACGAGCUUCUGCUCCGACGACGACGACGUGCCGCCACAUCCACAUGGCGGACGACGCCGUCGCCGGCGGAGCGGCCGUUCGCUGCGCAGGGCCGGCGCCGGCCUCGCUGUCUUCUAGCAGGAAGCAGCAGCAGCAGCCCGACGACGCCGGCUGCGGCAGCAGCGACGACCACUACCAGCACGACGUGAUCAUGCUGAGGCGGACGAGGAGCGGGCGGGCGUUCCCGCCGCCGAUCUCCGUGAUCGGCAAGGGCGGGCGGCCGUGGCUCUGCCUGCGGGCGCACCGCGAGGGUGGACGCCUCGUGCUGCGGCAGAUGCGCCUGCCGUCGCAGGAGCUGCUGCAGCCCUGCAAGGAGGACGGCAGGUUCAAGCUCCUCAUGCACCCGGAGGCCCGCGCGCGGCCGUGCGGGGGCGGCACACUGCAGGAACGGCAAGGGAAUGAUAGCUAGCGCUCUUAAUUGAUCAGCUGAUCAGAUGAUCUGCCGCCACGCACACGUCGUCUUGUAUGGGCUGGCUGCUACAAUGCAACCGGUAGAUCUCCCUGCUUAGUUUCUUGAGAUCGAGGGCUCCAGUUCUUGCUUUGCAUUCUGCAACCGUUGUCCAAAUGUCCACAAUCUUUGCCUUCCGUCAAAUUUUAAUACAUGGUCGGAACAUUGAGGCA